GCUUGUUCAUUCCUCUCUUCUUCUUCUUCUUCACCCCAUCAUGUAUCGCCAUUUAUAAGACGAAUCAAAACCAUCCACCUUCCUCUCUUUCUCCGUAUUAUCGUUGUCGUCGCCAUCGUUAAUCCCCCAUCAGAGUUUUUCAUCUCCAAAAUUCACCUCUUCGUAAUUAUCAUCUCAAUAUUCAAUCCACGAAAUUUCCACCCUAUUUAAUUAAUCCCUCCUUUCCUCCUUCCCCUUUCUCAAGAUCCUUCAACACUAUUUUCCCCAGGCCACUCUUCCUCCCGAUUCCCUUCCCCCUUUGCUUCAUCCUCCAAUCCUCUCCAUAUUCCAUUCUUUUUUCUCCAACCUUUCCCCAAGCUGGACAUUGGCUCUAUCUUAUUCUAAGAUCAGGGCCAUCACCACUUUUCACCUUUGAAGCGUGAAAAAUUGGUCGACGCAAAGGAGAAGAGAAAUGAAGAGUCAUCAACAACAGCAACAUCAUCAUCAUCAUCAGAAAGGGGCGACGUCGUUGUUUCCGAAAUGGCACGUAAUCAACACCUUCUCCUACUUCUUCCUCUUCGCCUGCGGGGUGGCCGCCGGCGUCUUCCUCAACUCCUACCUCAAAAACGUCUCCUUCGAUCUCCACCUCACCAAAUUCUCCAUCUCCCCUUCCCCGUCACCUCCCACCACCUCCGCCACCCACAACAACACCACCGCCGCCGCCGCCGUCGGCGGUGGCUGUGAGAAUCGUCAAGAGAAAAUAGUGGUUGAGGUUCCCGUCCCGGUUCUACCUCCUCCUCCUCCGCCAGCUGGCAGGGUGGGGCUGAGCGAGUACCUGAAAGUAGCGGCGGAGGCGAUGCACGACAUGGAGGAGGAGGAAUUGCUGUGGAGGGCGUCGAUGGUGGCGAAAGUGAAGGAGUAUCCGUUCCCUCGGGUGCCGAAAGUGGCGUUCCUGUUUCUGACCAAAGGCCCGAUGCUUAUGGCGCCGAUGUGGGAGCUCUUCUUCAAAGGGAACCAAGGGCUCUACUCCAUCUACAUCCAUUCCAGCCCUUCCUACGUGGCCUCGCCUGACGAGAGCCCUCUCUUCCGCGCCCGCAGGAUCCCCAGCCAGGUAGUGACGUGGGGGAAGUUCAACAUGGUGGAAGCCGAGCGGCGGCUGCUAGCCAACGCGCUCCUCGACGUCGCCAACCAGCGGUUCGUCCUCCUCUCCGAGGCCUGCAUCCCGCUCUUCAACUUCUCCACCGUCUACGACUACCUCAUCAACUCCAACCAAGUCUACGUCGAGGCCUACGACACCGCCGACGCCCGCACCCGCUACCACCCGGACCUCAUGCCCGAGAUCACCCUGCCCGACUGGCGGAAGGGGUCCCAGUGGUUCGAGAUCGACCGCGACCUCGCCCUCGAGGUCGUGUCCGACAGGAGGUACUUCCCCAAGUUCCAGGGCUUCUGCAGGAACAAGCCCUGCUACGCCGACGAGCACUACCUCCCCACUUACUUCGUCAUCGAGCACACGGGAAAGAUGUCCAACCGGAGCCUGACCUGGGUGGACUGGUCGGCUGGCGGGAUCCAUCCAAAUCGGUACGUGAGAGGGGAGGUGACGGAGGAGUUCCUGGAGAAGUUGAGGAGUGGGAGUGGGGAGUGUUUGUACAAUGGCAAGAAGACGACGACUUGUUUCUUGUUUGCCAGGAAGUUUCUCACUACUUCGUUGGUUAGGUUGUUGAGAUAUGCGCCUAAAGUCAUGCACUUUAAUCCCUAGACGAUGAUGAUCGAAGUUGAUGUUUGGUUAGGAGGAGAGCAUCGACUCUGUUUUCUCGAUCGAUUCCAUGUUUUUUUGCCUGGCCGGGUUUUGUUUGCGUUGUGUUGUAAACUAGGGAUGUGUGCUUGUUGUACCCUGAUUUAGAUGAAUCAACGAGUUGAAAGUGAGAAUCUAGACGGCCCUUAAUUUAUAUUGGAUGAUUAUUUCAGCAAUUCUGUCGUUCGAUUUAUCGUGAUGACAUAUUGAACUGUCUCUACACUCGUAUUUGAACAGUCGCGACUCUACUAUCCUCUUGUACACUUCUAAAAACUAGUGGUGUGGAAGUGUACAGUAGCUUCACCCUAGCUAGAUGAGAAGCAAAAAAGAAGGAGCACAGACAAUUCAUGAUCAUCAGUUAUCACAUUUCCCUUCUGCCCUGCUGCAGCUCCGUUCCACUUCUUCUGCAACAGCAAAUUCUACUUUCUGUGGCUUCCCACUCACACUUCUAACUUCCAAACAUUACUUCCCAUGUGUUCACUCUCUCCAUUUCAUCCCUCACACUAUUUCUUCUCCUUCAUUCCCUUUUUAAAAUCCGUUUUUAUCUCUCGGCUAGCAAAACAGAAACAUGCAGUUACAGAGACUCUAGGGAAAAAUGAGGCAAUUCAAGGUGACAAUAUUGGGCAAAUACCUUCCAGUGCGACUCAGAAAAGAAUCCAGUAGAGGUGGAAGCCUUCAUGUAGGAAUGGCCACCAUAAUUAUCUGGUUGAUCAUUGCAUCAAUUGUUC